UUUCGGUAUCCCGUGUUUUCCCCGCCAGGUCAUGUCAACAACUUCGUCACCUCAAACAGACCGCGGACCGCAUCUUCAAACAGCUUUACCCGGUCAUCGAUCUAUUCUGUCGCUAUGUCGCGUCAAUCUACCAUGCCUCAGCGUCCGUUGACGCUUACAGAAGAAUUAGAGAAGCUGGAACAAUCCAUCACCCUUACGCUUCAAGAAAUCGAUCAUAACUUCAGCCGUGCCCACCAUAUUGUCACUACUAGUGUUCUUCCCGUUGUUGAGCAAUACUCUGAAGCCUCCCGCGAUGUCUGGGAUGGCGCAAAGUUCUGGAAGCAAUUCUUCGAAGCCAGUGCCAAUGUCUCUCUGUCUGGAUAUGAAGAAAAGCCUGAUCAGGAUACAACUGUUGAAGAAACCCUCACGGAAGAUGACUCGGGCAACAUCUCCCAAAGCAACCUCACCGAAUCCGAAUCCUACCAGACUCCGUCUAGCGAACGCAUCGAUGAUCGGAAGCCCGAUGAUAUCGAUCUCACGUCUUUAAGCCUUUCACAGCACAGCACUCCGCGCGCUAUGCAUGAUAAUCCGCUCAACGAUUCGACCGUGACCUCCUCGAUCGCACAUCCAUCCCCUUACGGUCAACCCGAAGGCGAUAACAAUCAUGACUACGACGACGACUCCUACCUUCCAACCACGCCCGGAAAACAGCCAUCGCGCGGAUCCCACCACCAAGUUUACAACGACGAUCUCAUGUCCUCGUCCCCCUUCAUCCCACCCGUAUCCCACGAGAAACCCCACUCCGCUACCCAAAAGGGCGCCGACCCUGUCUUGCACCAUCUCAACGACAGGACCUACCGCGUUCAAGCCACGCCCCUCGGGAAGGGCUACGACGCCACUCGGUCUCGGUUCGCCGUCACGCCAAAGGCUUCGGCCACAAAAUACGCCUUCGAGGACUCCCCCAUGUCCAGCCCCGAGCCCGAAGCCCCGCAACUCAACUCAGAACUUUUCUCCUCCCCGCUUAAACCCCAGACCCCAGGUACGGGCCGCAAGUCUCGCCCCAGCGGCAACCGGCCACGCGGCACUCCAAAGCCAGGAAGAAGUGUUCUCACACCGGCCAAGGGUGGUUUAGGCAGCCACAACGACUGGGACAGCGACGAUGACCAGUUCGGCGAUGAGGCCGAAGAUGAACUUGGCCCUAGCCCGCCCAAGACAAUGCAGUUCCAUAUUCCUCAGAGUCGGCUUAUGAAGACACCAGCCAAGGAAGCUUCAAAACGAAUUGUCGAACAACUGCUUUUCACGGCUGGUGCGAACGACACCACUGAGGAGCUAGGGGAGGACCAAAGCCCGAGCGUUAUUCGACGGGUAGAGAGACUUGAGGACGAUACUUUCUAAUUUAUAGCGUAGUACAUAAUAUAUUACUCCCGUGGACAUGUAUAAAGACGAGAUACACAAAUACAGAAGUACACAUUUGUUUACUGAUGUAUAGCUACGAUACUCCAAAUUGAAAACAAACAGCAGACUCAUUAAAGUCA